AUGUCUUCCAACAAAACAACAAACGAGCGAGUUGAGGCCGUAGGGAGUGGAAUAGAAAUUAAUGACACACGGCUUCCUAGCAAGUAUAAUUCUAACAACACCAACAACAACACCAACAACAACACCAACAACAACACCAACAACAAUACCAACCACAAUUCAAAAAGAAAUUACGACAGAGUAACUAAUGAAGUUGACGAUGAGGUCAUCAUCAAAUUUGACUUCCAGAAAUACAUCAACGAUAACAAAAAGAGCUCUCGAUACAUCAACCUGAGUUCAAAUGAGAAAGAUGAUAGCAAUGAUAGUGAUUGGCUCUCUCAAGUCUUCUUUGAUUCUGACAGCAACAACAUUCCCAACGACAGCACCCUCACAAAUGUUACACAGAUGAAUGAGGACAGAUUCGACGUAAGUUUGGAGACAUCAAUCUGGGAGGCUGCGAGUGAAAUGAACGUUAGAGAGAUACAGCAUCCUUGCGAGCACAACAUAAGCAUCAAAAAUAGUUCAAGUUUAAAGAACAACAGGGACACUAACGAAAGUGAUGAUGAUGUCUCCUCAAAGAUAAAAUUUGACUUCUACAAAUACAUCAACGAUAACAAUAACAGCACCAAACAUAUCAACCUGAGCUCAAAUGAAGAGGAUGAAAGUGAUGAAAGUGACCGGUUCUCUCCCAUUUACUUUGAUUUCAACAACACCAACAACACCAACAACGACAUUAACUUUAACAACGACACCAUCAACAACAAUAUAAAUAAUGACAUCCACCAAAAAAUACACGGAGACAUUGAGGAAAAUAUCAAAAACAUCAGUUCAAAUGAAAAUAACGACUAUGAUAAUCAUGUGAAAAUCAAAUUUGACUUCCACAAAUACAUCAACGACAACACAAACAGCACCGAACACAUCAGCUUGAGCUCAGAUGAGGAAGAUGAAGAUGAUGAAAGUUACUGGCUCUCUCCCAUCUAUUUUGAUUUCAACAACACCAUCAGCACUCCCAGCACCACCACAAAUAAUAUCAACAACGACAUCAGAAACAGAAUAAAUGAUGACAUCAACCAACAAAUUUACGGAAACAUCUACAGUAACAUCAAACACAUCAAUAACAGUUCAAAUGAAAAUAUGGGCAGUUGUGCUAACGAAGGUUACGAUGAUGAUGACUCCUCAGAGGUCACGUUUGAUUUCCACAAAUACACCAACGACAACAAAAACAGCACCAAAUACAUCGGCCUGAGCUCAAGCGAAGAGGAUGAAAGUGAUGAAAGUGAUUGCUUCGAUUUCAACAUCAACAACAUUAGCGAAAUCAUCUGCAACAACAUCAACGAAAACAUCAUAAACAAUGGCACCAACAAUCAUAACAACACGAGAUUCAACAUGAGAUUGGUAGCAGCAACAACAACAUCAACCAAACCGCCAUCACCAACAACAACAUGGAAUAUACCAGCAUCAUUAAGUACAUCCUCACCCGGUAUCAACCGUUGUGGUCGUAGCAUCAAACUGCCAUUAGUGAAAGAAAAAAGUUCAAUGAAAACGACUCACCCAGGUUCGAAUGCAACUCAGAGAAAAAAGAACAUACUUCGAAGAAUUUUUAAAAGGGUCAAAAAACUUUUACAGAGAAGGAAAUAA